GAUGAACAAAGGUCUUACGGGUUUGGAACGACAUGAUGGUUCGUAAUUAAUGACAGGAUUUUAAUUUUAGGGUGAAUUACACUUUAAUAUAUGACAUGUACCAGAACCUGAAGCAGGACAUUUUUAUAAUGAUAUAAAGGCCUUUUACUUACAAUGGUAUAUUAUACGAAGUAAGCUAUCUGACAGAAGGCAUUUACAACAGGUUUUUUCAAAUACGAUAUGUAAGCUUUACAGGGUUAAAGUCUCAAAACAGUUCAGGUGAAGAAACCUCUUUUUAGAGAUCAACCCCGAUUAAGAUCUGUUGUAUAAGAUUAAGUUAAUGAGUGCAAGAAUAGUUUUGUUUGAGAUUAUUGUAAAAUGUUUAAAUAAUUAAUGUUUGAUAAGCUACCAUAAGUAAAUGAGUGGCAUUCUGCCAGAAAUAGUGGAUCUUGAUUCGUCUCUCAUUUAACUUUAAACAAGGUUUCUCUUCACUGAGGGUACAAGUACAACAAGUACCACAGUGAGACCAUGUCACUGAAGGUAAAACCAGUCACUUCUUGGAAUUGGGAACAUUAAACUGACAUGUCUGAGCUCCGAGAGACUGUACAACACGUGCUAAUGAGUUUUAAAGCACAUAAAACAUAGUGAUACAUAGUUUGCCAACCACCAUUAAACCCAUUGACAUGGUGGAGGACAAGUGAUGUCCAAAAAGGAAAAAGAAUUUCAAACAGGUUUGAAGAAAGUUUAAAAGGGAGAGUACAAGACAGACAGUUAAGGUUAGGGGUAGAGUUUGCCUAUGUCUUUUCUUUCUUUGUAGAUCCCAUCCCUUAAAGAUCUCCAACCUGCAGCUAUAGCCUUCUCCCGUUAAAAGGAAUCAGAACAAGAACACAGCAAAGAUGUCUAAUUCCAGAAAAGGGGUCAAGUUGUUCUAUGAUGUCAUCUCUCCUUAUUCCUGGCUGGCAUUUGAGGUGCUGUGCCGCUAUAGAAAUGUUUGGAACAUUGACCUCACACUCAAGCCGGCAUAUUUAACAGGAGUCAUUUACGGCUCAGGUAACCAGCCUGCUGGAGCAAACCCUAGCAAGCUUAUGUACAUGGUCUCAGAUCUAAAGCUGACUUCUGAGUAUUUUGGAGUCCCGAUGUUUCGACCUUCAAGCAUUUCUGAGAAAGACUCUUUGAAUGCGAUGCGUUUUGUGACAGCUAUAGCAGAGAAGGGAAAAGAUGGAGACACACUGGAAAGGGUGUCUAGAGAGCUCUGGAAGAGAAAGUGGCGCACUCAACAGGACAUUACCCAGCCUGCCUCACUCACUGAUGCAGGAUUAAAGGCAGGUCUCUCAGCCAAUGAGGUGGAGGAAAUUCUGACUCUCUCCAAAUCUCAGCCAAUCAAAGACAAGCUGAAAAGUGUCACAGAAGAAGCACUGGAGUAUAGAGUCAGUGUAUAUCUGUACCCUUUGUCUUUCCCACUAAAAUGUCUUUGUGGUAAAAACAUCAUAAAACAUCCUUACACAAUUUUUUUCCCAUUUUUGCAGUGCUUUGGUUUUCCGUUUAUCGUGUGCAAUGUGAAUGGGAAAGCUAAAGUCUUCUUUGGUUCCGACAGAUUUGAGCUCAUGGCUUAUUUCUUUGGAGAGAAGUGGGUGGGGCCUCAACCUGACAAGCCUACUGUCCAAAUGUGAUCACUACUCAUUCAAUUUAUGUCUAUUUUAACAAUUUCUAAAUAAAAUGUUUAAAAUACUGUAAAUUCCAAACAGGUUUAGAGAAAGUUUAAAAGGGAGAGUACAAGGCAAACAGUUAAGGUUAGGGGUACACUGUUAAAAUAAAAUCUGUAAUAUUUUUGGUAAAAUACCAGCAGCUGUGUUUGCCAGAACGUCAGCGUUAAAAAUAUGGUAGCAACAUUUUAGGUUUUAGAGACUUAACUUAAAUUCACAAUAAAAUAACAUAUUUUGUUAACUGAUCUAAUGUUCUAAUAUUAAUAAACCAACAUAUCCGUUUUGAACCAUGGUAAUGCACCGAUAACCACAAAAACUGGUGGUGAUGAGAAAGUCACAUGAUGAAUCAAAGCUCAUCACUAACAGAUCUUCCACAACCUGAGAAAGAAUAUAUAUAUAUAUAUAU